CAGGCGCCGGGCCGGCCGGGAGGUGGUGCUCGCCUCCCCGAGCGGGGCCGUGCGUUGCCCGGCAGCGGCUGCGAGGCUCGGGAGGGGGCGGAGCGGCGCGGCCGGCGUGCUAGCGGCCCCUGUCCGCGGAUCCGGCCCGGUCCGCCCCCGCCUCGCCGGCCUCGCUGCUCGCCGGUGCGCGGCGCCCAGUCCCCGCCGCAGGGGCCGCCCGCGUCCCGGGCCCGAGCGCGCCCACGCCGCGAGGCCGGUGUGCCGGGAAACCGACGCGUGGCCAUGGAGUGGGAGCCCCGCGCCAAGGUUGCGCUGGUGCCGGGGCGGAGAGGCUGCGGGCCUUCCUCCCGCCACCGCCGCCCGGGGUUGCUGCUCCCCGGACUCUGGCUGCUGCUGCUCGCCCGGCCGGCCUCGUGCGCCCCAGAUGAGCUCUCCCUGGAACAGCACAACCCUUCUCUAAGUCCCGAGGAGCUCCUGCCGGAGACAAGCAUCAUGCCCAGCUCUGCACAUGUGGCCUUACCAGAGACUCCAGGGUCCCAGCCAAGCAUCCCUGCCCUUGCCCUACCCUCUGCAUCUGCUCCCACUUUUGAUACAGCCUUUUUAAAUCACAGACAUCAGACUCAAAGUACAACAGAGCACAGCGUCUUCGGGGCACAUUAUGGAUCCGUGCCGAGUAACGAGGUGGCGGUUGAUGAUGAUGAUGAGAUGGAUAACUUUCUGCCAGAUGAUCCCUGGACCUCUUCACGGGUGCUUUCCCCAACGCAGUCUGUCACACCGAGCCCGCUGGAGCCUCCCCGGGACAUGCCAGAGCCUGGGGUGACUCCGUCGCUACCCAGGAUUUCUUUGCAGGAUGAAAUGCUGUCCGCAUGUCAGAACACAGCGCAACAGGCAACUGCGCACGUUGAGUCCGCCAGUGAUUUCAGCUCUUCCUGGCCAGCUUUUCUCACAUCUGAGGGCAUCAUUCCAACUCCUAGUAGGAGUUUGGUGCUUCAUCCUACGGAAGCUCACAGCCAGUUAUCGAGCAAGGCUUUGCCAGAGAUUGUAGCUUCCAUAACCGAGGGCGCAGAAGACCUCCUUUCCAGCUCCUGGAUUUCAGUGUCUCAGCCGGUCGGUGGUGGCGUGACUCAGCAGCCAUCUGUUCCCCUGUGGGAGGCGUCACAGCCUCUCCUGGGUGUCCUGGCCACAAGCACAGACAGAUACCCUAAUGGGACCACUGCUUGGAGUAAACAUCUAGAAGAAGCCAUCUCGCUAAGAACACUCCCCAGUGCAACCAUGUCAGCUACAGACCCUGUUUUUAUCAGCCCACCUUCUGCGUUGUUUUCAACCCCGCUGUCAUCUGUGUCUUUUGCUACCCAGUCAGCCGGCAUUUCGGAUAACCCCUUCUUCUCUAGCAGGGCUGGGGAAACCUCAGAACCACCACGCAGCUCCGCAGUCCCCAGCUUUACUGACCAUCCCCAUGUCCUCAACCCUGAGUCAUCCUUGAGACCACAUACCUGGUGUGUGUCCUGUGCUGUCUCAUCACCUCAGCAAGCUCUGGCCAGGAGCCUUACGGAGAAGGACAUGGGAUCAGGGGACGGGCUUGAGACUCUGUCUAUGGCCUCGGUGGAAGUAAGCCAUCUCUCUCCAUCGAGUAGCAUGGGCACAGACCUCUCUGAACUUGAAGAUAUUCAAGUAUUUGAUACUCUUUUCCCUUCCAGACCUGUCGUCUCCCUUUCUUCCAGAUCUGUGGGGUUCUGGAAAGUCAGCGUGGAUAUGUCACCUGGGGUGGAUAUGAGCGGCAUCACCACCACCCAGGUGUACUCUUCCCACGGCCUCCUCUCCACACCAAGCUCACUUGAUUCCACUUUUGGCCUCUCCGUCACCAACGAGCUAGCGAUGCCAUCCAGCGUGACCCAUCUGUCGUCCUCAGUCAUCCCCAGCGUCCCUUUUGACUCAUCUUUCUCUUUGACAGCAGCUCAAACUACGCCAUCCCUCCCAGCUGGACACCUAAGCCUUCUCACCUCCUCCAGUUUCGUCUCCUCAGUAGAGUCUAAAGUUUCUGCUGACCUCGAACCGACCAGCUUUUUGGAACUCGAGUCUGGAAGUCUUUUGGAUUCCACAUCCAGCUUUUACUCAACUCCAGUCCUGGACUUCAGCACUCCGGCCCCUUCACGGUCAGAUGUUCUUGCUUUUCCAUCCCUGACGUCAAGCGAUCCAUCAACCUUCCUUUCUCAGCCUUUCCCCACCACAGCUGAGACAUUUUCAUUGUCCAGCUUUAUCAGUUUACAGUCCCCUCAGCUUUUUGUUUCUAACCCCACGAGCCUAGAGCCAUCUCAACCUUGGUCCAGUUCAGACCUCCUCGUGAAGACAGUCACUCUCUUUCCUAGGCACUCCGAAAUGCCCCCGCUUUCAAGCUCCCCCUCUGAUUCUCUCAAGUUCGCCGAAGCGUGGAGAGUUUCCCUGGUCCAGUCCGACGCUCAUCUCUCCUCCGCUUUCUCUGAAGCUACCUCUGUCUCUGAAUUUUCACUCAUUCCCCAUGAAUCCUCAGUCAGCACACUGGUGCCCUCCAGCUCCGAGACCCCCCUUAGCAUCUCAACUGCUGGGACUCACCUCUCAUCACUGCCAGCUGGUUUCCAUUUGACACCCAUUUUAACCGAGUCAUCUCCAUUCUCGACGCUGACGCCUUCUGACGGCAGUGUGGGCGUGACAGACCAUCACACAUCUGUCUCACCCAUAUCCUCCAGUGCCAUUCCGGCCAGCACAGAGUCAGCCUCUAACGUAUACCCGUCAACCACCCCAUCACUUGCUCCUGAAGUCAACCCUUCACCUCUGCCCACAAAGCCAGUCAUGGGCUCAUCAUCGACACCCACAGAUUUACCACCCAAUACCUCCCCAGAACCAAGUACCUCCCCGGAACCAAGCAUGCCCCCCAUCAGCACUGCCCCUGGUGAUACCGUGGACUCUGCUCUGAACAGCGAGCCUAUGAGUCAGAACCCUCCGGGGAACAGUGCACCCCCUCCCCAGCCCUCCCUCGGUCCUGUGACCACCUCCACGCUCGAAGCCACAGUUGGUACACCAGUACUGGCCACAGCCAAGCCGCCAUAUGUGUGUGAUAUUACAGUUCCCGAUGCCUAUUUGAUCACAACUGUGCUGGCCAGGCGAGCUGUGCAGGAGUAUAUCAUUACAUCAAUCAAAGAAGUGUUGAGGAUUCACUUCAACCGUGCGGUGGAACUGAAGGUCUAUGAACUGUUCACAGACUUCACUUUUCUGGUAACAUCUGGUCCUUUUAUUUACACGGCAAUAUCAGUCAUUAAUGUCCUCAUCAAUAGCAAACUUGUGCGUGACCAAACUCCUUUAAUCCUGUCUGUGAAGCCGUCUUUCCUCGUGCCAGAGCCCAGGUUCCAAGUUCAAACAGUACUGCAGUUUGUGCCUCCGAGUGUGGAUACUGGCUUCUGCAACUUCACCCAGAGCGUCGAGAAGGGCCUGAUGACAGCUCUCUUUGAAGUGAGGAAGCACCAGGGGGCGUAUAACCUCACAGUGCAGAUUGUGAAUGUCACCAUCGGUUCUUCGCGGGUGGCUCCUCGGAGGGGCCCGGUGAACAUUAUCUUUGCUGUUAAAGGCGUGCAAGGCUUCCUGAACGGGUCGGAGGUGAGCGAUCUGCUCAGGAACCUGACGGUCGUGGAGUUCAGCUUUUACCUGGGCUACCCGGUGCUGCAGAUCGCAGAACCCUUCCAGUACCCACAGCUCAACCUGUCUCAGUUACUGAAGUCCUCCUGGGUCAGAACAGUCCUCCUGGGCGUAGUGGAGAAGCAGCUCCAUAACGAAGUGUUUCCAGCCGAGAUGGAGCGCAAACUGGCCCAGCUGCUCAGCGAGGUGCCCACCAGGAGAAGACUGUGGCGCAGGGCCACGGUGGCUGCUGGCAACAGUGUGGUGCAGGUGGUAAAUGUGUCCAGGCUGGAGGGAGAUGACAAUCCAGUACAGCUCAUCUACUUUGUGGAGAAUCAAGAUGGAGAGAGACUUAGUGCAACCGAGUCUUCAGACCUGAUCAACAAGGUCGAUCUCCAGAGGGCAGCGAUCAUCUUGGGGUACCGGAUUCAAGGCGCCAUUGCCCAGCCUGUGGACAGAGUGAAGAGGCCAUCCCCAGAGUCCCAGAGCAGCAACCUAUGGGUCGUGGUGGGCGUGGUCAUCCCAGUGCUAGUGGUCACCGUGAUUGUCGUCAUCCUCUACUGGAAGCUGUGCCGCACAGACAAGCUGGAUUUCCAGCCCGACACGGUGGCCAACAUACAGCAGCGGCAGAAGCUUCAGAUCCCCAGUGUGAAAGGCUUCGACUUUGCUAAGCAGCACCUGGGUCAGCACAAUAAAGAUGACAUACUGAUCAUCCACGAGCCAGCGCCGCUGCCGGGACCCGUGAAGGACCACGCCACGCCCUCUGAGAAUGGAGAUGUGCCGAGUCCAAAGUCAAAGAUCCCUCCUAAGAACAUCCGCCACAGAGGAAGAGUUUCUCCCUCAGAUGCCGACUCUACAGUCAGCGAAGAGUCUAGCGAGAGGGACGCGGGAGAGAAAACGCCAGCCACUGCCCAUGAGAGCAAGGCCCACAGAGCUCCGCAGAGUGGUGCUCCACUGCCCAAUUCAGGCAAUGAGCAGCAUUCCUCGGCCUCCAUCUUCGAGCAUGUUGACAGGAUUUCCCGAUCCUCAGAGGCCAGCCGGCGGGUCCCCAGUAAGAUCCAGCUCAUAGCCAUGCAGCCCAUCCCAGCACCACCAGUGCAGCACCCUGUGCUGGCCGACCGAGUAGCAGAAACCAACAAAAUCAACAAGGAGAUCCAGUCUGCUCUGCGCCACAAGUCGGAGAUUGAACACCACCGCAACAAGAUCCGACUGCGCGCCAAACGCCGAGGCCACUACGAGUUCCCGGUGGUGGAUGACCUGUCUUCCGGCGACACCAAGGAGCGACACCGAGUGUACCGCAGGGCUCAAAUGCAGAUCGACAAGAUCCUGGAUCCCGCAGCUAGUGUACCCUCUGUGUUCAUAGAACCCAGGAAGAGCUCACGGAUAAAACGUUCUCCUAAGCCACGCCGGAAACACCAGGUCAACGGCUGUCCUGCUGAUGCCGAGAAGGACAGGCUCAUCACCACAGACAGUGAUGGCACAUACAAGCGGCCUCCGGGUGUGCACAACUCUGCCUAUAUUGGAUGCCCAUCUGAUCCUGAUCUCCCGGCUGACGUGCACACGCCAUCCUCUGCUGAGCUGAGCAGGUAUCCAGGCCUGCCCUUCUCGGCCUCGCAGUAUAUCCCACCCCAGCCGUCCAUCGAGGAGGCCCGCCAGACAAUGCACUCCCUCCUGGAUGACGCCUUUGCCCUCGUGGCUCCCAGCAGCCAGCCUACCAAUCCCGUGGGAGCCAGUCCCGGGGUGCCAGCCAGCCUGCCUGUGAACAGCACCCCUUCCAGGGAAGAGAGGCGAGCCACGCAGUGGGGGUCUUUCUACAGUCCAGCCCAGACGGCCAACAACCCCUGCAGCAGAUAUGAGGACUAUGGAAUGACUCCCCCAUCAGGCCCAUUACCAAGCAGACCGAGCUUCGGCCCAGGGUUGCUGCCGUCUUCAGAGUUGGUCCCCCCUGAGCCCCCACAGCCACAGUCAUCAGCUGACGCUCCAUUUGCUGCCCGAGGGAUCUACUCGGAGGAGAUGCCGUCCGUGGCCCGGCCUCGGCCUGUUGGGGGCACCACAGGUUCCCAGAUCCAGCACCUGACACAGGUGGGAAUCGCAAGCAGAAUUGGGGUCCAGCCCGUGGAAAUUCCUCCUGGCAGAGGCAGCCAGUAUGGGGGACCAGGCUGGCCUGUGUACGGGGAGGAGGAGGCAGGGCGAAGAGAAGCCACCCACAUGCUCGGACAUCAAGAGUAUUCUUCUUCACCGCUGUUUCAGGUGCCAAGGACUUCGGGCAGGGAGCCCUCAGCUCCUCCCGGGAACCUCGCCCACCGAGGACUUCAGGGCCCCGGGCUGGGUUACCCUACCAGCUCCACAGAGGACCUCCAGCCUGGCCAUUCCUCCGCCUCCCUCAUCAAAGCGAUCCGCGAGGAGCUCCUGCGGCUCUCCCAGAAACAGGGCUCAGUACAGAACUUCCACAGCUGAUCAGCCUCCCUUGCAGGUUUGCCAAGUAUCUGCUUCCUGUGGAAGCAAGACCAAAAGGAAAUCAACUGAGUGGGUGUUUGUAAGAGUCGGAAGCAGCAUCUCCGGGCAAACCGCCCGAGGAAUGGAAGAAGUUGCGAUUGUAGAAGAUGCCAGAAAGACAACUCAUGGUUCUUCGCCGAGUUAGCAAUUUGGUGGCCACUUGGAUUCAGUCAAGAAGUGUGUACUUUGGGCUAAGAGCCAGCUCUUCACACGCACACACACACACACACACACACACACACACACACAUACACAUGAAAGAGAGAGAGAAACCAAAACCCAGACCUAAACUAACAAAAAUGUGUUAGUCUCUUCUUUCAAAGGCAAAAGAUUAAAACCUAUAGGUUUGGUUAGGGAUGGAGGGGGCAGCGUUCCCAUGGGAGUCUGACCCAACACACCCGCUGCUCUGCUUCCUGAGAAGAGAGAUUUCAAGACAUUUUAGUCACAGCUUGGUCCCUCUUUUCCUCCGUGGGAACUUAUUUAAUAGCAACGUUAACAACAAGACACCCUGAGACUGUUUGGUAAUCUAAAACGCUACUGGUGAGAAACCUAGUGACGGGUUGUGGAGCCUGGUGAUUCCAGACAAAGCCAUCGCCUGUGUUCUUUCUCCUUCUUCUGGUGCUACAGCUCCGAGGGCCCUUCACCUUUCUGUCUGUGAGAUUCCACUGUGGCUUUUGCCGUAGGAGAGUAUGAUGGCGGUUUUGUUGUGUUCUGGGGGUGGGGGGAAGAAAAGGAAAAAGGAACUGCGUUGGGGAGGGGGAAGCUUAAUAUUUAUUUGGUUAUUCAAAAUACAUAUCAGAGUUUAGAUUUCCGGUCUUAGUUGUAUUUGCUGUUUAUUCGUUGGGCUCGCCAGCCCUUGGUGACAUGGUGGCGCAUCUUGUCCAUCCUACAGAACGAGACUGUUGGGUGUCCUCGCUGCCAGGUCUUGGCAGCUUGCUUACAGUUUGCUCACAGAUUAUGUUUGAAUGAGAAGUCUUACGGAAGCAGACAUUGUUUUCAGUGAUUCUCGGGACCGCCCGAUUGUCCUGAGUCUACCCUUACUAGUCAGGUUCCCUGAGCUCCAGCCUGGAAGUGGGCUUAUGUUCCUAUCGGCUCCGUAAUGACCGAAGAAAUACAGGGUUUUGAGACUACAAAGGAAAUGGAAGCUCCCCCAUUUCUGAUCUUGCUAUUAUUUUUUUUUUUUUGCCCCAAAACUGUCUUACUCUGGGUCAGAGAGAGGUCAUCUCACAGGUCACUCCUGAAGUCAGGGCACUCAGCCUCUGACAUUAUUCUCAAUGGCAUUCUGUAUUCUGGUGCCCAAGUGAGACUCUGGGACAUUGCAGACUAACGGGAGUCCCACCCCGAGCCUCUUCAUCACAACAGAUAAUGGGGUCGAGUUUGGGGUGGGGAGGGUUGGCCUAAUCAGAACCUGUAUGUCUGGGCAAGGUUUAAGAACACGAGAACAGCUUGAACAAGCUCCCAGGCCGUGUGCCUGGUGGCAGAAUUAUUUCUGCCCUUCUUAGUCAAUCUCAGGACACACAGUUGGUCCAGCCAGUGCUUAUGUGCACACUUCAGAUGAGAGAGCGUGCAGGAGGGGGCCCACACUCAUCUUCAGGUGGCCCGCAGUCUACAGAGCAUAGGGAGGAGACCCUGUUCUGGGUUUAUUUGUUAAUCCUGGUUUAGUAGAUCCUCCUCUUCCCAAGCCACUCAAAAGUACAAGUCUCAAGUAUUCAGGCAGAAUUUUAUGAUGACACCUUGUGAGAAAUUCAGAUCCUACAACACAGAAUAAAUGGCCCUUUCUCACCCAGCGUCUUGAGUGUUUUGGACACUGAGCAUCCUAAGAAUGAUCAUCUCCUUUGUACACUGCUAAAAUAAGCCUCGGUGUCAGAGGAUGUGGUGACAACAGCAAUUUCGAUGCCUUUGAAAUUACAAUAAAGGGAUUCUACCUGUGUUUUUAUUCUUAGAGCAGAUACACCUUUCAGCGGGUGUCACAACCAAAGGUGGGGUGUAGUUUGUCACGCUGACCUUUUGGGAGCUCCCGCGCUCGGUUGUUGGUUAUGGAAAGCACACUCAGUUUACACUCCUUUCCCCUAAACACCUGCCGCGGCAGGUUUACCACACUUGAACUGCUGUGGGAUAUGCCAGGCCACGGGUGUCCGGUCACUCAUCCAGUGUGCUCCCCUGAAGAUGGUCGUCCUGUUCAACGUGGGUAAUUUUGGUGUUCCACAUAUAAAGCACCCCAAAAUAAAAGUUAAGUUUAAUAUCUGUCCUUUGCUCCUAAUUUUACGAGUUCUGUUGAGAAACACAAACUUGCUGUAAGUCUGAGACAGCAUUUUAGGACAGUGUGCUUGGAGACGUGCUUUUUGGAAGUCUCCUUUGUUACUAAUCCCUUGUGUCCGGUUCCUUUGGAAUGUCAUUCCUGUUUACCCCCCCCCCCCCCCACGCACACCUCAUAGGAUCUGCUUCUCAGGAUCAAGUGUGAUUCUGCCUGCAAAUGCCCCUUGAGGAGGGAGCCUCCGUCACUGUGGACAUGAAAGAUGUCAUCUGUGUGAAUGUUCUGGCGUGGAUGGUGUGUUACGCUGUGAUCUGCCAGUAUCUGGGUUCACAUGUAGGCAGUCAGACCCACACUGAGAGCCCAGCGUGACCCCUCUCACUGCUGGUGUGCUUCAGAGUGACCACUUUCUCUGUUGACUCCAAAGGUUCCCCCGAAGCAUCCUUUUUUUGCUCCUGACUUUCUGCAGUUUCUGAUACUAUGUAGGUCAGCAGACAUGAUCCCUGUCUUCUGAGGGAGCUGAGACUCUAAUCUGGAUAGUGCAGAUAGUUAUAAAAGCUGGACGCUCCAGAUAAGCAGCGUGGGCUAGAUAUCCAUAGCAUGCAAAGGACACAGGUGUGUUGGGUAUUUAGAAGUCAUCGAAGUCACAUGUUUGGGGUUGAUGAGAUCUUAGGGGAGAAGUCAACUGUGGAAGCCACUUUGAUGUUACUCAAGCCAGUAAUGGUAUGGCAGGGGGUAAGUCCCACAGUUGUCCUGGGAAAAGGUUUAAAAAUUGGGUACUCUAAGCCAGGUGGUGGCGCUUGCCUUUAAUCCCAGCACUUGGGAAGCAGAGACAGAUCUCUGUGAGUUCGAGGAUAGUCUGGUCUACAGAGUGAGUUCCAGGACAGGCUCCAAAGACACAGAGAAACCCUGUCUCAAAAAAAUAAAAAGGAAGAGAGAAAGAAGAAGAAUUGGGUACUUACUCUGUCGCCGAAAGUGACCUCGCUCUUGAGCUGAGAUAGCGUGAACACUCAAUCCUUAACUGCACUGUAUGAGACGUUUCAGAAGAGGAAGCAGAGUGAGGAAACCAGUCUGGUAAGGCAGCAAGCAAAUGGCCAGGCUGGUGAGGCUCUGCCUCGCUAGGAAGAGCGGCGUGGGAAGGGAGAUCAGAGUUCAAGAACUGUUGAUGUCUGGUCUAAAGUAAGUCAGUGGUGUUGACACGGACCCUUAGCUUGUGACGGAUCUCGAUGGCCCUCUGUGGUCUUUAGCAGGUUGUGGAUAAGUACAUCUGGUUUUACACCACCAUGUUUUCCUCCAGUUUUCAUUUCACUUCCGAGCGUGUGUUGAUUUUGAUGCACAAUGACUUUUAAGCAGUUGGGUUUUGGCCAAGCGGAAUUUUUGAAGACAGGAGGCCUGUGACCCAAAGCGCGCCCAGGUCUCGUAUGCCUGGAAGGCUUCCGGCUGAAACCAGCAAACCCCUGUUUUCUUGUCUACAAUGUUUACUGCAGUUUCAGGUCUUGGUGAGUGCUCUAGACACCAAGCCAGUCCCCAGACACUAGUCUGUUUUGGGAGGACUUCACGAGUUAAUCAUUCGUUAGGCCUGCCUUGACCCCUUCACCCUGGAUUCUUAGGUGGGAAUGAAUUAGACACUUGGACGAAUGUUGGAUCGAGGUUCUGGGCACAGGGCCGGGUGCUCCUGUCUUUACUAAGUUCACUGCUAGUGGAGUUUUUGCCCUGCCGUUUCUACCUCCAAAGCGAGGCUCCAGAGCUUGUCAGCAGAGCCUGCACCUCCACAGCUGGUCCAAGCAGGCGUAGGAGGAAGUCCACUUCGCCCGUGGGCACAAACAGGUCUGAAUGGGACAGUCCCUGGAGCUUCGCCAUUUAGUCCAGCCCUUUAGAGGCAUUCCCGGAACAGGUGAGAGGGUUUCUGUGGGCCUCUGUUUUAACAUUCUCAUGGAACACAUAGGCUUCUGCGCGUCACCUAGUAAACAAGAGCCUCGCACAUUUCAGGUGUUUUGUUUUGAAGGGGAGGGGGCUGGAAGAGGGUGGUGAUUGUGGGUGUUUAAGCUAGAAUUCUUUUGUCCACGUUAAAAAGACUCGAAAACUGAACCAUCGUGGUACAGUGUUAAUUCACGCCCGGUGUGUGUAACAGGACACUGGACAAUUAAGAACACACAGCAGCAUUGUAGUGUAGAAAAGGAAUAGUAAAUGUCUUUGGGAACACGAAUCGGUUAGGAACCAGCCAGGAUACUCCUCCCAGGUCGGUGUCCCGCCCGGCAGGUCACAUCCAGGCUCCUUUUUGCUUCCUUCCUCUGGGUUUCUCUGCUUCAGGGCCACUUCAGUGAUUUACUUGGAGCAUCACUGAGUCUUUUCUCACACCCUUAGAUACCAAGUACUCAUGACGCGGCUUGGGGAUCAUAGGGCUAAGCUAAAGCUAGACGCCCUGUUCUUCCCCCGUGCUAGGAAAAGAAGCAGGAGGUGCCAGAGGAGCCAAGGUUUCUGGUCCUUAAUUCGGUCGUUCUGAGCCUAUCAGGGAGUUGGUUCAGAAACGAUUAUAGAAAGGCUCUAAGUUCUGCUCUCCUCUUUGCAGAGCUCGCUGUAGAGUAGAGAGGAGCAGAGACGGGAGCUAGCCUUAGCAGGGAAGCUUGCUCUGCCUGGCUGCAGGGAGUCUGGCUUGCCUCCAGCUUGGUUGAGGUCGGUGCUAGCAGAUGCGUGCUAAUAUACAAAACUGCAGAGCAAAUUGGGCCACCUGUGGCAUCAAGACUGCAACUUGACAAUCAUGGUUUGCUGAUCUCAAACGGGCACUCAGAUCUCAGUAUGGGUGUGUAAUUUGGCGAUUGAGCCCGCCCUCCUAUUUGUCGGUCACGUUUCUACCCUUCAAUUAGCUGCACUGUUUUCUAAUGUGCUGUAGAGUUUGGAAAUAAUUUAUGCAGUGUUUGGUUCCCAUGUUUACAAUUUUUACAGCUUUCUUAGCAUUUUAAAUGGAAAUGUCAAUAAAUGCUACGAAUU